AUGGCCGACAUGACAGGCGAACAGAUGCAGGCCAAGAUUACUGCGGCCAGGCGCGAAGCCGAGGGUUUGAAGGACAAGAUCAAGCGUCGCAAGGAUGAACUGGCCGAUACCUCUCUUCGACAGGUUGCGCAGGGCCAGACCGAUGCCCUCCCCCGAAUUGGCAUGAAGCCGCGCCGGACGCUGAAGGGCCAUCUUGCCAAGAUCUACGCUAUGCACUGGUCGACCGACCGUCGCCACCUCGUCUCGGCCUCGCAGGACGGAAAGCUCAUCAUCUGGGAUGCCUACACCACCAACAAAGUCCACGCCAUCCCCCUGCGAUCUUCUUGGGUCAUGACCUGUGCCUAUGCGCCGAGCGGAAACUAUCUCUCCGGCCACUCGGGCUACCUGUCCUGCUGCCGUUUCCUCAAUGACCGCCGCAUCAUCACUUCGUCCGGCGACAUGACCUGUAUGCUGUGGGAUAUCGAGUCCGGAUCCAAGGUCACCGAAUUCGCCGACCACCUCGGAGAUGUGAUGUCGAUCAGCAUCAACCCGACCAACCAGAACAUUUUUGUUUCCGGCGCUUGCGAUGCUUUCGCUAAGCUGUGGGAUGUGCGUACCGGCAAGGCUGUGCAGACUUUCGCUGGCCACGAGUCCGAUAUCAACGCCAUUCAAUUCUUCCCCGAUGGCAACGCCUUUGGAACUGGUUCCGAUGACACCUCUUGCCGUCUGUUCGAUAUCCGCGCCGACCGCGAACUUAACAUCUACCAGAGCGACCAAGUUCUGUGUGGUAUCACCUCCGUCGCUUUCUCUGUUUCUGGCCGAUUACUGUUUGCUGGUUACGACGACUUUGAGUGCAAGGUGUGGGAUGUCCUGCGCGGCGACAAGAUCGGUUCCCUGAGCGGCCACGAGAACCGUGUGAGCUGCUUGGGUGUCAGCAAUGACGGUAUCAGUCUGUGCACUGGAUCUUGGGAUUCUCUGCUCAAGGUCUGGGCCUGGUAA